AUGGUCGGACGUGAGCUCCCGUUUGAUGUCUGGAGACGGCAGCGUGGCGUAUCCAAGCAACAGAGCAGUGAAAUACACCAAGAAAUCGAUCAAAACCUUGGUGUACGAGGUAAAGGUGUCUGCCAGCAGGAUAUCGUUGUUUCUGAGGGAAAUGUCGAUGUUUCCCACGCUGAUCCGCUUGACGGUCUCGACAAAACGUCUUCUCUCGAUGGACUGGGGCCCAAACGGCCAAACCAGCACCGCUACCGUUUGCACUAUGGCAACUAA